GUACAGAACACGACAGACACGUUGCUGGAUUUAACUGGACGGAACAUGUCAGACUUCCUAGUCAAGACUUAUGAGGACUCUGGAAGAAAAAGGUAUGGAGGAAUUUCUGUGGGAGCAGUCAAUUCCCAAGUGCGUCUAACGGAAGCAGAAAUUGAGGACGUCUUCAGGGACUUAAAAGGCCUGUUUAACUCAACUCAGGAUAAUGUCACUGAUCAGACCCUGCAGAGGGCCGAGAUGUUGCUAAAGAAGAUGGGAACCAGGGACAAUGUCAAGGUGUGGUUCUACAAUCAAGCAUGGCACGGCAUUGUGUCCUUUCUGAGUGUGGCCAACAACGGCAUUCUGAGAGGAAAUCUGCCCAUGGGAGAGGACCCACGCCAUCAUGGCAUCUCUGUCUCUAAUCACCCCCUAAAUCUCACCAAAGAGCAGCUGUCCUAUGCGGCAAUGGCCACAACCUCUACAGAUGUGGUGGUGUCGAUCUGUGUUAUUUUCGCCAUGUCCUUCAUCCCUGCCAGCUUUGUCCUUUUUCUCAUCCAGGAGAGGGUGAGCAAAGCCAAGCAUCUGCAAUUUGUCAGCGGGGUAAACCCGGCUGUCUACUGGUUUACCAAUUUCGUCUGGGAUAUGUGUAACUACAUCGUCCCCUGCAUCAUCGUGAUCUUGAUAUUCCUCUGCUUCCAACAAAAAGCCUACGUCUCACCUCCAAACCUUCCUGCCUUGAUACUGCUCCUUGUUUUUUAUGGGUGGGCCAUCACACCCAUGAUGUACCCUGCUUCCUUCAUCUUCAGUGUGCCCAGUACAGCGUAUGUGGCAUUGACUUGCAUCAACCUCUUUAUUGGGAUCAAUGGCAGCAUUGCCACCUUCAUCAUGGAGCUCUUUGAUGAUGAUAACAUCUCCCAAAUCAAUGACAUAGUGAAGCAGGUGUUGCUGAUAUUCCCACACUUCUGUUUGGGCAGAGGGCUAAUUGAUAUGGCCAAGAACCAGGCGAUGGCGAAACUUUACGCCAGUUUGGGGGAAGAUCGUUUUGAAGAUCCACUGAGCUGGGGGAUGGUGGGAAAAAAUCUUCUGGCCAUGACUAUCCAGGGCAUUGUGAUGUUCACCUUUACCAUUCUCCUCCAGUACAAGUUCUUCUGCAAACCCAGGCUUAUUUCAGCAAAAUCAAUGACUGCAGUGGAGGAGGAUGUUGACGUUGCCCGAGAACGUCAGAGAGUGUAUGAAGGCAAAGCUGAGAAUGACCUGUUGAAGAUCUGUGACCUCACAAAGGUUUACCGAGGGAAGAGCACCCCUGCUGUGGACCGACUAUGUGUGGGCGUGCCUGCUGCAGAGUGUUUCGGCUUACUGGGGAUCAAUGGUGCUGGAAAAACUACGACGUUCAAGAUGCUGACAGGAGACAUCCCAGUCUCCGGCGGAGAGGCCUUUCUAAAUGGAUACAGCAUUCGAACAGAAAUGAGACAUGUUCAUCAGAACAUGGGUUACUGUCCUCAGUUUGACGCCAUUGAUAACCUUCUAACUGGACGAGAGCAUCUGGAGUUUUAUGCUAGGUUAAGAGGAGUACCAGAAGAAGAGGUUGCCAUGGUGGCAGAGUGGGGGAUUCAGAAGCUUGGGCUGGUAAAAUACACCAACAAGUCAGCUGGAACCUACAGCGGUGGGAACAAACGCAAACUUUCCACAGCAAUGGCCCUCAUCGGAUGUCCACCUGUGGUUUUCUUGGAUGAGCCAACCACUGGAAUGGACCCCAAAGCCAGACGCUUCCUGUGGGACUGCAUCCUAAGUGUCAUCAAAGAGGGACGCUCAGUUAUUCUUACAUCACACAGUAUGGAGGAGUGUGAAGCACUGUGCACUCGUAUGGCCAUCAUGGUAAACGGGCGCUUCAAGUGCCUUGGAAGCAUCCAGCAUCUAAAAAAUAGAUUUGGUGAUGGCUACACUGUGGUCAUUCGUGUUGGUGGUUCCCCUCCUGCUCUAAAGCCAGUUGAGGACUUUGUCCUUAAGAAGUUCCCAGACAGCAUUCUCAAAGAGAAACAUCACAAUACACUCCAUUACCAGUUCCCAUACAAACUGGGAGCACUGGCUAAAAUCUUUAGCCAGUUCACCCGCCAUCAGCACAGGUUGUGUGUAGAGGACUACUCUGUGUCCCAAACAACUCUCGAUCAGGUCUUUGUGAACUUUGCACAGCUCCAGCAUGUAGAGGACGAGUCUCAGACCUACAACAAUCCAGUCGACAUUACGGAUGAGCUGACGCUGAAGUCACUGAAGACCUCCCGGGGCGCAGAGAAUGUUUAAUGGAGAAAUGAAUGUAUUAUGUCUGUAUUGAUUAGCAAUAUAUCUCAAACAAAUUUAGAUGAGUGUGAUUUUCAUUGGUAGCAAUACAGUAAUGGGCUUUUUAGCUACUAUCCAGAUUAUUCUGUAAAAUCAAACCAAUUUGUAGAUAAUUAUAGAACAAGUCAAAUUUAUUUUUACUACAUUUCACAGUUUACGUAUAUAAAAGCUAACCUUAUUUGUCCACAUUUACUUAUCAGAUUUGCAAACACUUUUCAAUGUGUGAAUAAUUUUAUUGGCCCAUGUGAAUUUUAAAUUCCAACAAUUUUACAGUAAUAUUUCCAUCAGACUCAGUGAAAUCCCACAUGUCAACUCUCCAACAGAGAAAGGUUAUUUUUGAGAACUGAAGUGUAAUGGCUUCAGGAUGCAUGCAGUGUCACUGUACUGGCAAAUUUCCAAACAACUUAUAAUGGUGCAAGCACUAUAUGCCAUCUACAAACUUUUAAGUAGUUAGAAUACACUGAACCAAUUCAAUGAAAAGCAAAAACCUCAAAAACUAAACAGAUUUCCUUACACUAUAGAUCCUGAGAGUGACUACUGCUCUAGUGUCUUUUUCACCAACUUUUACCUUGCAAGAAGGGCAUCCAUCAAGAUUUAGUUAUUAGAUUUAACAGUACAUUGAUUGCUAGCUCCUUUAAAGGUGACAAUUUAGAUAGAAAAGUCAAAAUAAGUCAGAAACAGUUUCUCAACGUUACCUUUUUUAAAAGACAUUUUCAGGCUGUUUAGAAGGUAUUAUCAGUUUAAUUUCCACUGUAGAAAAAUUAAGUUCACUUAAAAAACAUCUUUACUUACUUAAAUAAAAGGUAACUGAUGGCUGAUGGUACUACUGAAAGGUACAGUACACACUAACAUGCUGCUUCCAAAACCAAAACGAUGCUUCAGUUACUGCUAUUAAAGAAAAGAAUGAGUGUGUCCCUUUAAAAAUAAAAAAUCCGGGUUAGUAAUCUGGGCUUUCAGUGAAUGUUCUGCUUCUUUCUUUAUAUUUAUAUCCAUUCAAAUACAUUUUUGAAUAUUUUCUAGGA